AUGUCUCUGCCUAACUAUGACAUUGAAGAGCCUCGUCCUUCAAAGGUGCCACAAAUCAACUUAGCUGCGAGAUUGGUGACCUUUGCAUCUCUCGCUAUUACAAUGGUGGUCUUGCAAACUAACCGCGUUACAUUCACAGAUUCAAAGAAUGACAAGUUCAGACUGACUUACAACUCUUAUCAUACCUAUGAGUAUACGUUUUAUGUUUCGACAGUUGGACUCAUCUACAGUGCCGUUCAAGCUCCAUUUGCCGGGUUCUAUGUAAUAGUGAAAAGACGAGUUUUCAACAGUGAUACCUUACUGCGGUUAGAAUUCUACUGUGACAAGCUCGUGACAUUGCUACUGGGACUUGCAGCCGGUGCAUCAUUUAGUGCGACGAAGGAGCUAAAGGAGCACGCACUCGAGAAAGAAUCCAGCUUAAUGCAGUAUUUUAACAUGAUGUUUAUUGCAGCUACAUUUGUUUUCACUGGAUGCUUGGGUUCUACAAUUUCUUCAAUUUUUUCAUCACGGGCUUUCCCAAAAGGUGAAUAA